ACUCGAUAAAAAAAAGUUUGUCUAUGUCUAUUGUUUACGUCAAACAAAAAUAUUUUGUGGAGGAUUUUAAAUUCCAGAAUGCGCUAAUUAAAUCAUUAACAAAGUUAAAACUAAUUCAUUUCAUCCAAAAACUUGCUUAGCAAAACUCAUUUGCCGUUAGUGAUAAAUUUAAAAGUAUAACCUAAAAGGUUUGAGAGAGCUAACAUUUCAUAGUGUUUUUAGUGCGUUGCAGUGUUUAUUAUGGCUUUACAGCUGUCUCGAAGGGAGGUGGAAGAUUUGCGCUCCUCUCUGGACCGCGCAAUAUACAGGACUAUUGGAAAAUCAGAUAGUUCUUUACUGUCAACAGUCUCUUCUUGCUUGACCAGCGGGUAUGAAAGACGCAAGAUAAUAGACAAAAUAUCAUCCCACAUUGAGUCGAAGAAGGCAAGCAAACUCGCAGAUAAAGUCCUCGCAUUGGCGCAGGAGCUGGUGUCCUCGGCAAAGCCUCCGAAACGGAAACAUGACGAGAAUAAGGAGAGGGAUAAAGAAGUUAAAAGGUCUCGCCAUGAGGACAAACACGAGUCGCGAGACGAGAAACGCGACAGAGACAAAGAAGAACUGAAAGAGAAGAAACCGGAGAAUUUAAUAGAGAUCCCUCCGGCCAAUGCGGAGGGGGAGACCAUAGGAUCCAAGAUGGCGGGCCUCAGUGCUGAUAAAAUCAAGCUGAUGAUGGCCAACGCCCAGAAGGAAAUUGAGGAACGCAAGAGGACCCUGAUGGCGCUGAAGGGCGAGCGCAACGUGUCCGCGGCGGCCGCCACCGCGCAGCAGAUCAAGGGACAGAUGCCGCAGAGUAGCUCCAUCCCUCCGCCCAGCGUCAUCAAGCCCGUACUCUACUCCAAACCCGCUGCUGUGCCCAUAUCCGCUGAGGAGUUGGAAAAGCAACGUAAGAUAGCUGAGCUGCAGGCGAGGAUACAGAGAAAGCUCGCAGGUGGGGCCCUGGUCCCAACGGGCAACGUGGGCCCUGCGCCCCUAAUCCUGGACCGGGAGGGGCGCACAGUCGACACCUCGGGCAAGCGAGUGCAGCUUACACACGUCGCACCCACCCUCAAGGCCAACAUAAGAGCGAAAAGGCGCGAAGAGUUCCGAGCCCAGCUAAGUGGGCAGGUCACGGAGCCAGUGGGCGAAGCCGCGUGGGUGGACGAGCGAGUCGCGAGCAAGCCGCCCGUGCGUGUGAAGAGGGCCUUACGCUUCCACGAGCCGGGCAAGUUCACACAGAUGGCCGAGCGGUUGCGGAUGAAGGCGCAACUGGAGAAAUUGCAGAACGAAAUAUCCCAAAUCGCCCGCAAGACCGGCAUCUCGUCAGCAACCAAGUUGGCGUUGCUGUCAGCUGACGUUCCGGACUCAGACCGUGUGCCGGACAUUGAGUGGUGGGACAGCGUGAUCCUCAUGACCCCGGACGAGCGGGAGGUUAAGCGGAAGCGCAGCCGUCUAGCGAACCCGACCGACCAGCGUACCGAAACGCAGCGGGUGGAGGCCUGCAACAUAGGCGACGAUGACAUCAUAGAGAACGUCAACGAAGACGCCAUCACCAACCUGGUAGAGCACCCGCAGCAGCUGAGGCCGCCCACAGAACCGCUAAAGCCGACGUACAUGCCGGUGUUCCUCACGAAGAAGGAGAGAAAGAAGUUGAGGCGACAAAGCCGUCGGGAGGCCUGGAAAGAGGAGCAAGAGAAGGUCCGCUUGGGCCUCGAGGCCCCGCCAGAACCCAAGCUAAGGAUAUCGAACCUGAUGCGAGCCCUCGGCACAGAAGCGGUGCAAGACCCCACCGCCAUAGAGGCCAAAGUGCGCGAGCAGAUCGCCAAGCGCCAGAAAACCCACCAAGACGCAAACCAGGCGCGCGCGCUCACCAAAGAGCAGAAGCGGGAUAAGAUCGAUAGGAAAAUUCGCGAAGACACCUCUUUGGGAGUCCACGUAGCGGUAUACAGGGUGAAGGACCUGUUCGAGUGCGCGUCGGCCAAGUUCAAGGUCGAGGUGAACGCGAAACAGUUGCAUAUGACGGGCUUCGUGCUACUGCACCGCGGGUGCUGUGUCGUGGUCACGGAGGGCGGGCCCAAACAGCACGCCAAGUACAAGCGUUUGAUGCUGAACCGCAUCAAGUGGGAGGAGGAAAUGGUGAAGGACGCGGAUGGGGGGGAGAUUCCCAACGCCUGCCACCUGGUGUGGGAGGGCGUCACAGCCAGACGCUCCUUCGGGGACAUCAAGUUCAAGGUGAUGCCAACAGAAAAGCAAGCACGCGAGCUUUUCCACAAGCACGGCGUGGAACACUACUGGGACCUUGCGUACAGCGGCGCCGUGUUGGAUGCAGGCUCCGAGGAGCCCUAGGCCUGCGCCCUGAACGAACCCUUAAGAUAUCCCGUCGACGCCGCACAGUAUACCAGCUCACUACGCAGAAAAUGUGUUGAAUAACAGAAUUAAGAAAAUUCAGAACCCACAUUCAGCUUUUAUUGCAUGCAGUGCAUUGUGUCCAAAAACAGUGAAAACGCCCCGCGUACGUCUCACUUAACAUCCGAGGAAUUUUGCUAGCUCACAACUCUUUUUGCUAGCUCCCAUUUUCC